AUUUAGUCCACCGCGCAAAUCCAAACUUCCAGAAAAAACAAAUCACGCAACCAAAGCGCGACGUCGCCGCCGAAGGACCUCCGAAUCCAUGGACCUCAUGUCUCAUUCCUCCGCCUUCCUCCUCCCUACGAUCCCGCCCAACCAAACGCCGUCUCCCACCUACGCGCUCGUCUUUCUCAACCAGAGCCUCCCGAGAUUCGCUCCUCUGCUCUGGAACCACGCACAACUACGUAUGUGUGCCGACGGCGGUGCCAAUCGCGUUUACGACGACAUGCCCCUUCUGCUCCCGCACGAAAAUGCCGUAGAUGUUAGGAAAAGGUACAAGCCCGAUGUUAUUAAAGGCGACAUGGAUUCAAUCCGAAGGGAUGUCUUGGAAUUUUAUGCUAGUAUGGGAACUCAAAUUAUUAAUGAAUCUGAGGAUCAGGACACGACUGAUUUGCAUAAGUGUAUAGCAUACAUAUGUGACUCGGCACCAAACCUAGAUAAGUCUAAUCUAUGCAUUCUGGUUGCUGGGGCACUUGGUGGACGGUUUGACCACGAGAUUGGAAACAUCAAUGUGUUAUGUCGAUUCUCAAACAUUCGAAUAACUCUCAUAUCUGAUGAUUGCCUCAUCCAUCUUCUUCCAAGAACACACCGCCAUGAGAUCCAUAUUCAGUCUUCUGUUGAGGGCCCUCAUUGUGGGCUCAUACCCAUUGGGAUGCCAUCGGGAAGUACUACAACUACUGGGCUUCAAUGGGAUCUCGCUGAAGCGGAGAUGAGGUUUGGUGGUCUGAUAAGUACAUCAAAUAUCGUCAAGGGAGAGAAAAUAACAGUGCAGUCAGAUUCAGAUCUUCUUUGGACUAUAAGCAUUAAAAAGAUGUAGUGCAUUUAGAGAUGAGGUGGGCACAGCUGCGGAACCCACAAUCUAUUUCUUCCGUUUCCAGGGUUUCUUUCACUUGGCUGUGUAAGUAGGUUUUCGGGUUCCAUUUUCAUUGGUUUUUGGCGAUCCUUAUACGAAGAACAUUGCGUCAUGUUUUCGCUCCCCUCUUGAAUUCUGUAACGUUGUUUAAACUCCAUCUAUAUCAUAUUGUAUUUUUGUAAUUAUUCUAAAUAAAAGUCAUAUUGACUAUGUAGAAGAAGAUGUUGGAGUCCUUCUGCAGACAAUCUUUUGCAAA